CCAGGAUCUUGUCUUGGAUGGUGAUGAUAAUUCUUCACAUUCAGGUGGAUGCAGAAACAACAAGACCCCCAAUAACUCCUGACUCCACGACUAUUCCAAUCAUAGGUGAUGAUCUGCAUCUGAGGCUGAACAAUGGGCCCAACUGGUGUGCAGGCAAUGUGGAGAUCUACUACUUCGGAGCCUGGGAGAAGGUGUGUGGCUCCCUGUGGGACAUGCAGGACGCCACGGUGGUGUGCAGGCAGCUGGGAUGUGGCUUCCCCCUCGCAGUCAUGUACCCCUUCCCUCCGAGCAACUCGUACCCGUACAUGAUUACUGAGGUGAACUGUACGGGCAAUGAGAACUACGUGUGGCAGUGCCCCUACAAAUACAAGUACAGUGCCUGCUACCAUGGACCUGCUUCUGUCGUAUGCUCAGACUCGGGAAUAACAGUGACUCCAGCAACAGCGCCUGCUGUCUCCAGAUUGAUGCCCGCCAGGCUGUGGACUACAACAGAGAACCCAUCCUGCGGUGGCUUACUUCAGGGAUUGUCUGGCACCAUCCAGAGCCCGGGAUACCCCAGCUCCUACCCCGACAACUCCUACUGCGUGUGGCGCAUCCGGCUGCGGGACCCGGCCCGCAGGAUCCAGCUCCAGUUCACGGACGUGGAGCUGGAAGGCAGCACCUGCACCUACGAUGCCAUCGAGGUGUUCGACGGAGGGUCCCUCCAGAGCGGGCGCCUCGGCCUCGUUUGCCGCAACGACCAUCGUGUCUUCAACUCAUCCGGGAACCAGCUCACCGUCCUGUUCCACAGUGACAGCAGCGUCACCAGGAGAGGCUUCCACGCCUACUACUCAUCAUUUCUUGCCUUCAAUACCACCGUGGCUCCCGAUACUUCCACUCUGUCACCAACCUCAGAAGAUUAUUCUUGUGGUGGUUUGCUCUCCUCUUCAUCUGGUACCUUACAGAGCCCAUUUUACCCCAGAAAUUAUCCAAACAAUGCCAACUGCGUGUGGGAAAUACAAGUAAAAAGCAACUUCCGUGUCAUACUUCAAUUUACAGAUAUUCAGAUGGAAGGUGGCAGAUGCCUCUCUGACUACGUGGAAAUCUAUGAUGGGCCCCCACACACCUCUCCUCUCCUUGGGAAGAUUUGUUCUGGUUAUUACCCCACGUACACAUCGUCCUCAAACCUGCUGAGCGUCCGCUUUCACAGCGACUCCCGACACACAUACAGAGGGUUUCAGGCCAACUAUCAUUCCACUCCAGCUGAUGACAGCACCACACUGCUGUGUUUGCCAGACUACAUGCACGUGGUUGUGAGCAGAUACUUCCUUCAGUCCCACGGCUACUCUGCUUGGAACCUCACCCUGAACGACCCCUUUUGCACACCCAACAUCACAUCAAAUUCUGUGUCAUUUGACAUUCCAUACACUCGCUGUGGCACUGUCAGAGAGGGAAACAGCAACACAAUCAGCUAUUCCAACAUUAUUAGAGGAUCCUCUUCUGGUACAUUAAUCACAAGAAAUAGAAAUCUUCUCUUGCAUGUCAACUGCAAGAUGCUCCAGAACACGUGGGCAAAAGCGAUGUACGUCGCGGACGGCAACUUUGAAGUCAACGAAACUCAGUAUGAGAGAUACGAUGUAAACCUCACAUUUUAUGACUCUUCAAGCUUCUCACGGCCAGUGUAUGACUCACCCUACCAUGUUGGCAUCAACCAGAAUUUGUUCCUGGAAGCUUCCCUGCACAGCUCUGACCCGUUGCUGGAGUUAUUCCUGGACACUUGUGUGGCAUCUCCCACCCGCCACAAUUUUACAACAAGAACCUAUCCUAUAAUCAAGAAUGGGUGUGUCAAAGAUCCCACCUAUGCUGCUUAUUACUCACCUCAGAGAAACAUCGUCCGGUUUAAAUUCAAUGCCUUCCAGUUCAUUCAGAGCAAUCCAGAGGUUUACCUGCAGUGUGAGCUGGUGGUGUGCAGGGUCUAUGACUAUUCUUCCAGAUGCCACCAAGGCUGUCUUCAAAGGUCCAAGAGAGAGGCAAGCUCUGACCUAGAAAGUGUGAUUGUUGUUGCUGGCCCAAUACAGCUUUGGGAACCUGGUUCUGAGAUUACGAAGGAACUUGGAUCUGAGUAAAAGUGUCUCCUUUGACAGAUGGCAUCUUUAAAUGCCAGCUGAAUUCUGGAAGAAACUAUGCUGCUAGAUUGCCAGAAGCUCUAGAAUAAAUAUUAGGAAUGUG